GAUUAAGAGAAAAAGAUAUACAAUCUACUCUUACCCUACACUCCACUCCAUUUCGAUACUCAAUCUCACUUGAAUACUGUAUUCCAAUCCAACGCCCGACGCGAAUCCACUGCUGAUCCUCUCUUACAUUCCAUAUUCCAAACUUAUUAGCCAAAAUGAGCGGUCUUCCCUAUCAGCCUACCCCUAAGAUGGACUACCACAGAACACCACAGGUAUCUCAACCUGCCCGUAAUCCACCAUUGACAUCAACACCGCAUCAACAAGCAAGUGGCUCCUACCAGAAUGCGCAACCGGCAACCUAUCAAGGCGAUCCUCAGAAGCUAGCAGCCUCAUAUACACCUACAAGUAGUCGCUACCAUAAAGUUGAACCACAGAUCUACUACAAGACACAACAAACACUCCACCCAACACGUCAAGGCUCAGGGGUUCCCAAUAGUGAAGUGGCUGCCGCGAAAAUAAAGUCACAGGCUGCAGGACGUACUCAGGAGCUCAGAAUGAUGGUCCCCGAAAGUGUUGGUCAAGUACAACAAUCAGCCACAGAGCAUGGGCGUCAUCAUCGUAGACGCAGAAGCAGAGUCAGUAAAGGGCCCUGCUGCAGCAUUCUGUGAGAAAUGGAAUAUGUUGUAGGAUAUCAGUGCAUCAAGAAGUACUGUAAUGGAUGGUAGUUGGGCGGUAGUUCAGGACCAGGAUAGUCGGGGUUCGGCUCGUAAACGAUGAAACGUGGGGGGAAAGGAGGAAAGUCUCCUAUCAAUACUGCUUCUAAUGGUUGAAAAUGGUAAAAUGCCAGAUUUUCAAACAAAAAAUAUGACUGGGUCA